GCAUUACUUUUAUUUACAAAUUGUACUGCGCUGUCAAAAUAUGUUUUGGAUAUUUGUAUUGACAAUAUAAAUAUCAAUGUUGUAAGGAUAUGUCGCUACAUAUUAUUAAUACGUCUGAUAGACCAACUGAAGCCACCAUUAAAGUGUCAUUUGACACGGAGAGAAAUGCUGAAAUCGCGUACCGUGUUCUAAAAGUUGAUGUAGAGCCGCGUCGAAAUUUUGUACAGAAAGAGUUUACUUUACAAGGUCUUGAUUUAGAAGUUCAUUUUGUAUCCGAUGAAGUAAAAAAUCUGCGCUCAGCAAUUGCUUCAUUUUUUGAGUUACUUGUAUUGUGUACAGAUACAAUAAAAGCAUUCGGCAGAAGAAAUGCCAGCUCACACACCAGCUCCAAGCCCACAUAG